AGAUGAGGCAGGACCGCUUGGUGUUUGGUGUUUGGCGUACCAGGCUGGGCGUGUCUGGAUGAGCAGCUUGGCGUCGUUCACGGAGUUGUUUGUCACGGUUCUCUCCGAGGUUCUGUGGGCGGUUUGGGACAUAUUUUGUGUUUACGUGUUUCGCGUUUUGCCCGACAUUCCCGUGUCACGACACGAUCUCAUCCAGAUCUGGGUUCUUGACAUCUACAGGUUAAGGUUCGAGAUCUGACCGUUGGUUAUCUCGUAUCCGGGAAUGUAAGGUAGUUAGUCAGGGUUCAAAAGCUGGGAGAGAGGCCUAGCCAGUACCUCAUCUGGUGGCCACGAUCCAGCACUGUGAAGAAUGGCUGGAACAUCCCCUAGUGUCUCCGAGAAACCCGAACCGGCGAUAAUGUCCCAUUAGGAGGACGGUACGGGCGGAGCAGGCAACUUCCGAAGUUUAAUCCUACCACCCAGCACCGCAAAAAGCUUAGGUUGCAAAGUUCAUUAAAUGGUGCUAUGCGUUCCGGCUAGUCUUACUGCACGCUCGUAGACUGCUGGAUGUAAGUUUACAC